AUGGCUAACCAAAUCGCAGGACAGCAGCAGCAGCAGGAACAACAACAACAACAACAGCAGCAGCAACAAAACCAAUUACGUGAGGAGGAGGAUGAUGAUCUGCGUUCGACAAGCAGCUCCAAAAUGAACUUUGUCAAUCGAUUGGAUCGCUUGCUACGUCGCUGGUUACCUGGCUACAAUUAUUUUCGUGGUGCCAGCAAAAUGCCAAGAUCUGAAACCAAUUUGUCAGCGAACCCAAGCGAAUCAUUGGGGGCAACAAUUGUCACUGACCAGGUAUCCAAGGCCACACUAAAGAGGAGGCAGCAGCAGCAGGCCAAGCUGGACCGUCAGCAGCAGAAGCAACAAAAAAAGUCAGAAGUCUAUUUAGAUACGGGCAUAGCCAAAUCUGAAUUCUGUGUCAAAUUGGAAAAUAUACUCAAAACAAAACUCAAUAAGCAAGAGCAAAAAGGUAUGGAAGUUGGAGACUAAGAGGACCUUUUUCCACGGGAGUUGAUUUUUUUUUUUUUUUUUUAUAACCAUAAUAAUGUCUGCUGGCUGGAUUGAAGAGGCGUUUAAUAAAUUUAUCCUUUUCAAGUUUCAUAAGAUUUA